AAGUGGGAAUACCCUGAACCUCUGUGUUUUCAGAAGCGACGUCAGUUUGAAUGUUUCCCGCUUCGGCGGUGAAUGGGCUGUGAUAUGUAGCGGGCGAGAGUCACACAGGGAGUGAUACCGGAGCGGGCAUUACGUGUGGGGAAUCGGCCGGAGACGCUGCUCUUCGGCCUGUGAAACAUGACGUCUCGGAGCCUGCAGUACGUCAAUGGCUGCCUCCCAAUGCUUCAGUUAGAGGAAGAGGAUCUAGAGAGGAAUCCUCAGUUUAGUAAACUUCUACUAGAAUUAUGCCAGAUUCUGGAACCAAGUGGAGCAAGUGCCAGGCUAUGCCGUGAGGUGGAGAAGGCACAGAGAGAGCUACGACUGCAGAGGAAGGUUUGGCUCAGGUCUGAAGUUAUUCAUCGGCUGAUACAGGAGAUAUUAAUGGACUUGCGGGUGAAGAAGCAGGAGGGCACAAUAACUGAUGAGGAGAAUAAGUUUCAUGACGGCCUUCAGCAGUGUUUAUUGGUCUCCGAAUGCUCACAUCUCCUGCCUUCUGAAUCUGAGCCAGGCUCUGUACCUCUUCUUGGAUUGGAGAAUGAAGACCUGCAUGACCUUCUGCCAUCACAUAUGGAUGUUCUUUGGAUAAGGGAACGAUUUCACAAGCAGGUGGAAGAAGCCCUUCGAAAGAAAUGCUUCACUUGUCUGUCUUUUCACCAGCCAGAAACAGAUGAGGAAGGUGAAGUUCUUCGUGCAGCAAAAGCUCUUCGUCUGGCCACAACGCUGGAGGAUGAAAAAGGGAGGUUAAAAAAUGAACAAGAAAAACAUCAGGAAAUUGGAUCUUUAUUGGAAAAGCAGCAAGAGUUGUAUCCCUCUGUGCUUUUGCGGUGCCUUUCACUCCUCCGGCAGGCAGCCUCCGAUCUACGCCUUCAGGCUCAGUCUGAGAUAGACAGGAUUAAUGCGGAAUACCUGGAAACAAAGAGUAACGCUUUAUUCUUAAAACUACGGAUGGAAGAGCUUCAAGUUCUCACUGACACUUACACCCCUGAAAAGGUUGAAGUUCACAAAUACAUCAGGUCCAGUUUAGAGGCUGCUGUGAAGGCUGAGAAGACUGAACUAUCUUCAUCUAGACAGAUCCUAGCCUCGUAUGAAUUCUUGGGCACAAAAUUUGAGGAACUGGUUCAAGAAUAUACUCGUCUGAGAGAUAAAAUUAAGAACAAUCGCUGGGCAAUUCAGGAGCUCAGCAAAACCUUAUCCUGAGGGAUGAUGAAAGAUUUGCAUCCAGCAGAGCUCAAUCCCAGGAGAAGGCAUGGUCUUCUAUUUGCUCCUCCUCAAAUGAUUUUCUUUGCACCAAGUGUUUGUAUGUCUGUACAUUGUCUAUAUGUGUAAUGCGAAGCUCUGGGCUAAGCCAUUUCAGCUGUUCUGAGAUUUCCCUCAUAUAUGCAGGAGCAAUGCAACGCAGAUGUCCUCUUCUGUAGUAGAAUUUAGCUGCUGGCUUCUUUAAACCAUUUAUAGAUUAUACAGUUAUAAUAGCAAUAAAGAACAUUAAAGCACAGCUUCACAUUAGAUUUCUGUACAUAAUAUACAUGUUUGUCUAAUGUUAAAUAUGUAACUUCAUGCACUUGACAAAUUUGAAAUAAAAAGGAUUGUGAUAGAAAUCUUGAAUGAAAAUGUCUUUAGGUGUUCUGCGUAAUUUCUUAAGAGACUGAAGAGCG